AUGAACAAGAAGAAAGGCAAAGCGAAAACCGCUUGGGUUUGUGAGAGCUGUGGUCACUCGGAAGGUCAAUGGUGGGGAAGCUGUCGCGCCUGCAACAAGGUUGGGACUAUGCGACGCUUUUCGGAAGGCUCUACUGAGUCACGCGGAACAGCUACUGGCUCAGGUCUUCCGGAGGGUACUGGCUUGUCAUGGUUACCUGACCAAGCGGCGGUGCAGCCACUCAAAUUGUCUUCUGUUAUUCAUGGAAUUACUCAGCACCAAUGGAGAAUUUCGCUGCCUGGACAUUUUGGAAAUGAAGUUGGCAGAGUGCUUGGUGGUGGUCUUGCCCCAGGUUCCCUGAUUUUGAUUGGUGGUGACCCUGGUAUUGGCAAGAGUACCUUGUUAUUGCAGAUUGCAUCCAUAAUUGCUCAGGGGAGUGAUUUGGCCCAGCCAGCACCGGUUUUGUAUGUCUCUGGUGAAGAGAGCGUCGAGCAAAUAGGAAGUCGGGCUGACAGGAUGAAAAUUGAAACUGACGAGCUCUACCUGUUUUCGAGCUCUGAUCUUCAGGAUAUUCUAACAAAAGCUCAUUGGCUAUCUCCCCGAGCUCUCAUCAUUGAUUCUAUUCAAACGGUUUACCUAAAAGAGGUGACUGGAAGCGCUGGUGGUCUCACACAGGUUAAAGAGUGCACAUCAACCCUGUUGCGUUUUGCUAAGAAAUCUAAUGUCCCUGUUUUCUUGGUUGGACAUGUUACAAAGGCGGGCGAUAUCGCAGGACCUCGUGUUUUGGAGCACAUAGUAGAUGUUGUCUUGUACAUGGAGGGUGAAGAACAUUCAACUUACCGCUUGCUUCGAUCUGUGAAGAAUCGGUUCGGGUCCACUGAUGAACUUGGAGUUUUUGAAAUGUCACAAUCAGGACUUGACGUGGUCUCAAACCCUAGCGGCAUAUUCCUUAGUCAACAGAACUCAGAUUCAGAUGUUUUAGCUGGAUUAGCUGUAGCAGUUGUUAUGGAUGGAUCUCGGAGUUUCCUCAUUGAAGUUCAGGCGUUGUGUGCGUCUGGCUCAACAGUUUCCAGGCAUGUCAAUGGUGUUCAAGCAAGCAGAGCUGACAUGAUAAUUGCGGUUCUUAUGAAGCAAGCUGGCCUUCGAAUUCAGGAAAAUGCGAUUUUUCUGAACGUGGCUAACGGGAUGGCUCUUUCUGAGACUGCUGGCGACCUUGCUAUAGCAGCAGCAAUCUGUAGCAGUUUUUUGGAGUUUCCAAUUCCUCAUGGAGUAGCAUUCAUCGGCGAGAUUGGUCUAGGGGGGGAGGUUCGCACGGUACCGAGAAUGGAGAAGAGGGUAAGUACAGUGGCAAAGCUAGGGUUCACCAAAUGUGUGGUUCCUAAAUCAGUGGAGAAGUCACUGAAGGCGUUGGAUUUGAAAGAGAUUGAGAUAGUCGGAUGCAGGAAUCUCAAAGAGUUAAUCAAUGCUGUGUUCAGGGGAGAUUGA